GUGUGUUGUUAGUCUUGUGUAUGUCGGACACCAGUGACCAGUCGUGUCUACUGUGUUGGCCAAGUGACCGCUCGGUGGCCCCGUGUUGGAUGGGAUGUGUAAUUAGUGAUAGUAACACUUUGCAUUAUACACAUCACUGAGGUGCAAAAGGCAAGGUCUAGAAGCCCAAGUGGACUGUAAACAGUAGGGCUGGAUCCUUCACACAAAACCAUGUCUACGUACGCCCAAUUCGGCUACACCUACCCGACACCCGCCUCACAGCUGUUGGUGGGGCAGAGUGGCGGAGGCACGGGCGGGUCGGGUUGCUGUGAGGGCGGCCGUACCAUCAUGACAGAUCCUGUGAGUGGACAGCCCGUGUGUUCCUGCCAGUACGACCGUCUCGCCCUCGGGUCCUACCCGCGGAUCGGGUCCGGGCUUGGUGCUUCCGGCGGAGUCUACGGCACCACUUACCCCUCCAGCGAACAGAAUCCUUACCCCUCCAUCGGGAUGGAUUCGUCGGCUUUCUACAGUCCGUUGGGCUCCGGUUACGGCAUGAAAGAGGGCGGAGCUGGGGACGUAUCAAUGUACGGCAGUGGUCUAGGGGCGUCCCCUGCUGGGUAUUACCCCUACGACCCUACUUUCGCCGCCUACGGAUACGGCGCUGGCUACGACCUGGCCGCCCGCAGGAAAAAUGCCACGAGAGAGUCGACGGCGACGCUGAAGGCGUGGCUGAACGAGCAUAAGAAGAACCCUUAUCCCACAAAAGGAGAAAAGAUCAUGCUGGCAAUAAUUACCAAAAUGACGCUCACACAGGUCUCGACAUGGUUUGCCAACGCACGGCGUCGCCUCAAAAAAGAGAACAAGAUGACGUGGGAACCCAGGAACAAGACAGACGACGAUGACGCCAAACUCUCAGACGAUGAGGACGAUGAGAAGGAACCGGGAGACAAGGAAGAUGAUGACAUCAAGAAAGAUGACAAGGAUGGGGAUGCUGCAAUGACGGAAACGAAGGUGGAGGAAGGCGAGGGGCAGACCGAACUGAAGUCCUGCGACGGGGGCGUCGUGCCCACGAAGCCAGUCACAGCGGCCAUCUCACCCACCCCGACUCUUCACCCUACCAAUCCCUUCACCGUCCCCAAGGGGGAGAAGGUGAGCUUCAUGAGCGACUGUGCAGUGUCGCUACCCUCGGCUAAACCCAAGAUCUGGUCUUUAGCGGACACGGCAGCGUGCAAGACCCCGCCGCCCACAGGAGGGGUGGGCGGAACCCCUGGGAGUGGAUGGCUGGCCGGGGGUACCACGUUCCCCCUGCCACCGACCAUCCCGCCCGCGCAACAGCAGUACACCCGUUUCAACCACCUUAUGUCCGGCGUGAACCCCGCCCAGUACAUGACAGGAUAUAGCGACGGAGUCGGCACUGACACUCCUCCACAGACGCCACCAAAUGCCAAGGGUCAGCAGGGACAGCAGAGCCAGGGCGGAGGAGGCCUCUUGGGCGCGGGCGCUUUCCUCGGGAGUUCCUCCUCAGGAAGUUACGGAGCAGGCAUGGGCGGGGGUCUGUCCUCCUGUUCCCGCGGAUCGACAGCACCCUUGCCCGCCCCUGGGACAGGAGGAGGAGCCUCCGUCGGGGACGCCAAUCUCCACCAGCGGUACCAGGGAGGAAGCGGUGCUCAUGCCGCCAACGUCAAUCACACCAACACAGCUUCAGCCACAGCACUAACCAACACAGCCUUCUCUCCUGUCUAUAAGAACGCACAGCAGGGUGGACAACAGCAGGUCCAACAGCAGACGUCACAAAUGGGCAACCAACAGCAGAUGCCAUGUCAGCAGAGUCAGCAGGUACAAGGGGGCCCCGUCACAGGAGGGCCUUACGUAUCGUGAAGUCAGCAUAAUGAUCAGGCUGGUCAUCCCAGUGUCUGGGGCGACGUGAUGGGCGGCACACUCCUGCCAACAGUAACUGACUCGUACCAGGGCGCCCUCGAGUACUAAAUCGCAGUGGGGGCCAGAAAGUAUCUGGAGAAAGUAAAUGCCAGCAGAGGGUCAAACAGGAGCAGCAGCAGCAGCAGCAGCUGCAUCGACGGCGUCGGCAACAGCAACAGCAACAGCAGCAGCAGAAGUAACAGAAGCAUAAUAAACUUCUGCAUAAGGGAUGGAACGGGCGCGGUGGCGGAGGCGGGAGCGGCCAUGCCGAAAUAGGGAUCCAUCAUUGUGAACCGUCUCGUUUGUGAGUCAAAUGAAACGUGUUGGGCAGCCGCAGGGAUCGCCUAUAGGCACAGCAGCCCCUUUGCCGAGAGGCGGGGGAUGGCGCCCCUCCCAUCCGCGCCACCAGGUCCACCCAAAAAGGGCGUCGCUGGACGGAUACUUACGAAGAAGCGUCUGUUCCACAAGAAGUGGGAUAAGAGUCGCCGAGGACUUUGCGUUAAAUUGGGUACAGUGAGAGAGUGCGUGCUUGCGCGUGUGCAUUUUCUCUGCGUGCAUAUAUAUAUAUAUAUAUAUAUAUAUAUAUAUAUAUAU